AACUUCACUUAGUUUUUUUUAUUUAAACAGCAAGUUCCAUCGAGCAAUAACUCAGAACAACUAAACUUAAUUAAUCACUCCUCGAAACAAAUCUACUUUUGCUAUUCCACUUCUCUCAUCACCCCUUUCAUCUUUGAUAUGAAUUUCUUAGCUCUAUCAAACAAAGGAAGAAAAAAACAGCCACAACUGAGAUUACUGGAGAUGGUGAUCACAGUUUUUCUCCUCGUGUUAGCCAUUCCUUCACCUCUUAAAACAGCAGAAUCACUAAAUUUCAACAUAACAAACUUCGCAAACUCCGAGAGUGCAAAAAACAUGUUAUACGUGGGUGACGGCGCUGUGAACAAGAACGGGUCCAUAGAGCUCAACAUAGUGGACUAUGAUUUCCGCGUUGGGAGAGCCUUGUACGGACAACCUCUGCGCCUUUGGGACUCAUCUUCUGGUGUUGUAACCGACUUCUCCACGCGCUUCACUUUCACUAUUGACAGAGGAAACAACAAAAGUGCUUCUUAUGCUGACGGUUUCGCGUUCUACAUAGCCCCUCAUGGCUACCAGAUUCCCCCAAACGCAGCUGGUGGCACUUUUGCACUCUUCAACGUCACCUCCAAUCCCUUCAUUCCCCGUAACCAUGUGCUCGCGGUUGAGUUUGACACAUUUAAUGGCACAAUUGACCCUCCCUUUCAGCACGUUGGCAUAGACGAUAACUCUCUCAAAUCCGUCGCUACCGCCAAGUUUGACAUCGACAAAAACCUCGGAAAGAAAUGUAACGCUUUGGUAAACUAUAAUGCUUCCAACAGGACCCUCUUUGUGUCUUGGUCUUUUAACGGAGCCGCAACACCCAAUUCGAAGAAUUCAUCAGUUUCUUACCAGAUUGAUGACCUCAUGGACAUUCUACCCGAGUGGGUGGAUGUUGGGUUCUCCGCUUCAACUGGCGAUCUCACUGAACGAAACAUUAUUCAUUCGUGGGAGUUCAGUUCAACGUUGAAUUCUUCCACUGUUUCGAAUAACAAUUCCUCGGACAAUAAUGGAGCGAAGGACCGGAACGGGUUGAGCUCGGUUGCGGUGGUUGCUGUGGCGGCGUGUGCGAUUGUUUUGGUGGCAGCAGCCGCGAACUUUGCAGCUUGGGUGAUAAUCAUGAAGAAGAGAAGGGGUAAGGGUGAUUAUUAUGAUAAUGAUGAAAGUGGACACACAUCGGCUAAGUUUGAUUUGGAUAGGGAAACUAUACCUAGGAGAUUUGAUUACAAAGAACUAGUUGUAGCUACCAAUGGGUUCGCCGAUGAUACAAGGCUUGGACGAGGAGGUUCGGGACAAGUUUACAAAGGGGUUCUGAGUCAUUUAGGAAGGGUGGUUGCAGUGAAAAGGAUUUUCACUAACUCUGAAAAUUCAGAAAGAGUUUUCAUCAAUGAGGUUAGGAUCAUAAGCCGUCUUAUACACAGAAACCUUGUGCAGUUCGUAGGGUGGUGCCACGAGCAAGGAGAGUUUCUGUUGGUUUUUGAGUUCAUGCCUAAUGGAAGCCUCGACAGUCAUCUCUUUGGGGACAAAAAAACUUUGCCCUGGGAUGUCAGGUACAAGGUAGCAUUAGGUGUGGCUUUGGCAAUUCGUUAUCUUCAUGAGGAUGCAGAGCAAAGUGUUCUACAUAGGGAUAUUAAGUCGGCUAAUGUGUUAUUGGACACAGAUUUUAGCACAAAGCUUGGUGAUUUUGGGAUGGCAAAGUUGUUGGAUCCAAGGUUGAGGACUCAGAGGACAGGGGUAGUGGGGACUUAUGGGUACCUUGCCCCAGAAUAUAUCAACGGAGGUAGGGCUAGCAAGGAAUCAGACAUUUAUAGUUUCGGGGUUGUGGCUCUUGAAAUUGCAUGUGGAAGGAGGACUUACAAAGACGGGGAGUUUCUUGUGCCUCUCGUGAACUGGAUGUGGAAAUUGUACGUGGAAGGGAAAGUUCUGGAUGCUGUUGAUGAGAGAUUAAACAAGGAGUUUGAUGUUGAUGAAAUGACAAGCUUGAUUGUUGUAGGGUUGUGGUGUACUAACCCUAACAACAAGGAAAGGCCCACCGCUACACAAGUAAUAAAAGUUCUUCAGCUUGAAGCGCCAUUGCCCACGCUUCCACUUGAUAUGCAUGAUGGUCCUCCUCUUUCUUUAAACACGUAUACGCAUGCACAACCCCCUUAUGAUUCCUUGCAAUCAGUACCCUUCACUAACAGCCUUCAAAGUGUUGGACGCUAAGUUGCUAAGUCAAGCUUCAAAUUUAUCUAUUUCGGGCACUAUGAAGUUGUGCAAUCUAUGUAGAAUUUCAUUUUUUUUUUAUGAUUUUAAUUUGAUGACCUUUGUGACAAAAUGUUUGGUGACUUAACAGAUAUGUAAAAUGGUUGGAAGAGAGUUUCCUUUUGAAUAAAUAAUAAUGCUUAUUUCACAUCUUA